AGCAGACCAGACACCCAAAAAUACAGCCCAAAGAUAAGCGGCUGGAAGAAAACACGCACUCAUCGAGCACGUGUCAAGCAGCAAUCUCCGUCCUCUACAUCUCAUCACAUCACACGAAUCAGAUCAGACACCCUCCCGACUCUCUCCUCCCCUCCCCAAAUCUUCCCCCACAAUUUCACGUCUACGAUUAGGGUUUCUGAAAAUGUCAGGUGCAGCAGUAGCGGUGGGUUACUCGAGCUCCUGGGCACGCGCCCUCGUCCAGAUCUCUCCCUACACUUUCUCCGCUAUCGGCAUCGCCGUCGCCAUCGGCGUUUCUGUCCUCGGCGCGGCCUGGGGGAUUUAUAUAACUGGGAGCAGUUUGAUCGGUGCAGCAAUCAAGGCUCCUCGAAUCACUUCUAAGAAUCUCAUUAGUGUUAUUUUUUGUGAAGCUGUUGCUAUAUAUGGUGUUAUUGUUGCAAUUAUUCUACAAACAAAGUUGGAGAGUGUUCCAACGUCAAAGAUAUAUGCGCCCGAGUCUCUUAGAGCUGGAUAUGCAAUCUUUGCCUCUGGGAUUAUCGUGGGCUUUGCCAACCUUGUCUGCGGGUUAUGUGUGGGAAUUAUUGGAAGCAGCUGUGCAUUGUCUGAUGCCCAAAACUCCUCACUUUUUGUGAAGAUCCUUGUGAUUGAGAUCUUCGGCAGCGCACUUGGAUUGUUCGGAGUCAUCGUGGGAAUCAUAAUGUCAGCUCAAGCAACAUGGCCUUCAAAAUGAUGAUUCCGUUGCUCGGUAAAACUUGGCAUCACAUUACGACAGUGUUACGUGCAUGCGCAAAUGAAUUCUGUAAUUUGUUCUUUUCAUCAUUAGUGAUAGGAAUGUUAAAACUGCCGUGGAGAUACCAUCUUGCCCUAUUGUAUCAAUCUUAGGCUGUAUUUAAUCUGUUGGGAGUGAGUUGUGGGAGAAUGAGUUAGGCAUUUCCUCAUUCAUGGUGGUAAACAAUUUUAUCUUAGUUUUGAACGAAUAACAGAAUGAUCUUUGUAUGCAUCGAUUAAGGUCGGUUUCUAUA